AUGGCUUCCAUCAACAUUAUUCUGACCAUUUGCCUACCGUUUGUAAGCCUCGCCGCGUAUGGACUCCAUGCGCUUUACCAACACCGUUCCAAAAUCAACCGCCUCCGCAAACAAGGAGUGCGCAUGCCAGCAGGGUGGAGCUGGCUAACUGGUCACUUGCUGGUUCUUUCAGACUAUGUUAAUCGUCUACCCGAAGAUGCCAAUGUUGUGCUUGCGACGCAAGAGCUGGCGUCGGAACAUACUGAUACAGAGAUCUUUCUAUUGGAUGUCUGGCCUAUGUCUCCCGCACAGUAUAUAGUUUUCUAUCCCGAAGCGGCAUCACAGGCGACAAAUAAAUUCAACCUCCCCAAAACAGUCAUACAGCCUCGAUUCAUGCAACCGAUUACUGGCGGGCCUAGUAUGAUCUCUAUGGGAAAUGCUGAGUGGAAGGCCUGGAGAUCAAUCUUUAAUCCGGGAUUCAGUGCUGGCAGCAUGCAGGAUCUCCUUCCCGAAGUUAUCAAGUCGGUUGGUGUCUUUUGUGAUAAGUUGCACGAGAAAGCCAAUGCUGGGAAAUUUUUCGCCUUAGAUGACCUAACCACCAGAUUAACCAUGGAUGUCAUUCUCAAAGUGACGCUUGACGCGGACCUUGAUCAUCAGAAUUCCGAUAAUAUCAUUGCAACUGCUCUUGGCCACAUUACCAAAUGGCAUUCUUUUUGGGACCCUCGCAUACGAGCACACCCACUUCGGCCUAUUGUUCAGGGAUAUUACGGUCGCGUUGUGAACAAAUGCAUUCGAAAAGCUCUGCAUGAGCGAUUCUCCGAGAUGAAGCAAGCCAAACGGGAUGAUUCGUCUCGUUCUAAGCGAGCCAAAUCCAUCCUUACUCUAGCCUUGGAAGCAUAUUUAGAGAGUAGAAACGAAGGAAUCACUGACGCUACAGAGUUAGACGACCGCUUCGCAGAAUACGUGACCUAUCAGAUUCGAUUGUUCCUCUUUGCCGGAACUGAUACCACUUCGAGCAGUAUCGCUUACGUGUAUCACAUGUUAUCUAAACACCCUGAGGCUUUGGCUCGAGUGCGGCAAGAACAUGACCACAUAUUUGGGCCAGAUCCUUCAGCUGCGGUUCAGCUACUCCGCGAACAACCUUCCUUGCUCAAUCAAUGCUCAUAUACAAUGGCAGUUAUCAAAGAAACCCUUCGGCUCUACUCCCCAGCAGGCACUAUGCGUCAAGGCGCCGAUGGUUUGUCACUUACUGACAGACACGGCAACCAAUACCCCUUGGCAGAUGAUUUCAGCGUCACCAUCUUACACCAGGCGACGCAUCUCAACCCAAGGGUAUGGCCACGAGCGAGAGAAUUCCUCCCAGAGCGCUGGCUCGUUGACCCAGGCCACGAACUUCACCCCGACCCGGCAGCCUAUCGUCCGUUCGAGCUGGGACCACGCAACUGCAUUGGCCAGACUCUUGUCUACAACGAGAUGCGGACAGUCUUAGUGAUGACCGCCCGGACAUUUGAGAUAAAGCCAGCCUACGAUGAAUUGGAUGCGAUGAAGGCAAAACAGAGGGGCUGGUUUGAUCACAUUGCUGAGUCUGUAGGCUUUCAUAACAAGAAGCCUAAGCUGCUGCACGGCGAAAGGGCAUAUCAGUCUGAGAAAGCUGGCACUCAUCCAGUAGAUGGAUAUCCGUGCCGUGUAACGUUGGUGACUUAGAUCCAAAAGAGACAAUGUAUUAAUCUUCCCUGCACGCGAAAUGGUGAUAGCUUGGGGCCUUUGCUCGAAAGUUGUAGCAUUAGCCACACGCAGCCACAUUAUUAAAUUGCAUCCAAGAAGACUUCAGAGCUAAUAUGCUCGGAGUCAAAUGAGACAUAACAAUUAAGCGCCCCAACAAU